AUUUUUUAUGAAUGGUCUGGACGGAUGAAGGAGGCAGUUGGAGGGAAUGGGGGAAUGGGGAAUGAUGUAUCAGACACACAUCCCAAAGAAGCAAGUGAGAGCAAAGUGAACCGCUCCUUCCCUCUCUUCGCAUGUUCUCCUCAAUUCUGGGUUGGCCCAUCCAUGUCACCUGCCCUUUCCCUUCCUCCCUUUUCUUCCCCUUCUUCUUCUUCCUUUUCCUCCUCUUCUCUUCCUUUCCUUCCUUUCCUUUCUUCUCUCUACCAUCUUGUUGGAUCCUACUGACUUGAUUCUCUCCCCCUCCAUUCCAUACUAAGUACUUCCCAUACUACUUGCUCCCUCAUUUACUGGUAAGUUCAACUCUCCUAUUUCAAGAGUAGCACUAGGUGCUCGAGUAAUCAUUCCACGUCACCACUCGGGUCCUUCCCUUCUCUGCCACUGGACCUGUCCUCAGCGGCCAAAGGAACACCCCCUCUUAUAGUAGACACAACUAACAGGCUAUUCGGUAUACCAGUGCUCCUUUGAGAUACUCACUGCUUCUUGCUACCAUAUUCCGCAGUCAUGUCUGAGCCACUCACCAAGGUUGACUCUGCCAUCGCGAUAUCCCCCAGGGAUGAGAAGGCCCCCGACAAGGAUGCCAAGAAGGGCCACAGACGUACCUCUUCCCAUGCUGAGGGUGUCUACAACAUCAAGGAACUUGAGGAGAAGAAAAUUGAGAUUACCCUUCCAAUUGAAACCCAGAAGACUGGAUGGAAAUUGAACACUUCACCGUCAACCAUUGAGGACAAGGAUAUCCUGAAGCUUCACCUGAUCAACCCCCCGGUCAAGAAGAUCGACCUGCACUUCCCGCUAGGGCUCGAAGUCACCGCUCGCAAUAUGAAGGGCGUCACGAUAAAGGAUGCGCUGGACGCAAUCUACAAGCAAUUCAAGAAGAAGGCCGAUGACGAGCUGGACAAGCCUUACCUCGCUGGUUUCGAGUGGGACAAGGACGAGUGCUGGACACGCCUCAUUGUUCACCAGACCAAGCAGGGCCCCCCUCAACAGCCCAGCAAGAAGUCCAAGAAGAAGAGCAAGGCUGAAGAGGCAUAGACUGCAAGUUCUUCGGAUAGGCCAUGUCCAUCUUACAAUGGCUUCUCUUUUAUCUCUCUUUAAAUGGCUACUUUAACCAUACUUUUGUGAUACUUUGUCCUCUUCGUGCCCUUGGCCUCUCUGGAUCAGCCUCCGAGAAGGUCGAGGCAGGAGCUAGGCGAGAGGAUGAUAAUCCCUGUAAUCUGCCUUUGAUGUCUUCCAACUCCAACUCUCUGCUUUCGUUUCUCUUCCGAGGAUCGCCUCGUUAUUCUCUAGUUGAGUUGACUUACUGAGCACCGAACGAUCUUGUAUCCUCGAGCGCCAUUCCUUCAUUCAGAUUCAAUGUGGAGACAGAGGGAUACUUAGUUGACCUUCUAAAUAAUGGAC